GCCGGCCGGGGCGGGAAGGCACUCGGCGCAGGCGCACUGGCGCUCCUCCCGCUGUGGCUGCGGCGACGACGGCGACGACGGCGGCCGCCUCUUCCGCGCGGGGCAUGGUCCCCGGGUCGGAGGGCCCGGCCCGAGCCGGGGGCCUCGUGGCCGACGUGGUGUUCGUCAUUGAGGGGACGGCCAACCUGGGGCCCUACUUCGAGGGGCUCCGCAAGCACUACCUGCUCCCGGCCAUCGAGUAUUUCAACGGUGGCCCCCCGGCUGAGACGGACUUCGGUGGGGACUAUGGAGGGACCCAGUACAGCCUGGUGGUGUUCAACACCGUGGAUUGCGCCCCGGAGUCCUACGUCCAGUGCCACGCGCCUACCAGCAGCGCCUACGAGUUUGUCACCUGGCUCGAUGGCAUUAAGUUCAUGGGCGGGGGUGGGGAGAGCUGCAGCCUCAUUGCCGAAGGCCUCAGCACUGCCCUGCAGCUGUUCGACGACUUCAAGAAGAUGCGGGAGCAGAUUGGCCAGACGCACCGGGUCUGCCUGCUGAUCUGCAACUCGCCCCCGUACCUGCUGCCCGCCGUGGAGAGCACCACAUACUCGGGCUGCACCACCGACAGCCUUGUUCAGAAGAUCGGGGAGCAGGGAAUCCACUUCUCCGUGGUGUCACCCCGCAAGCUGCCUGCCCUGCGCCUUCUGUUUGAGAAGGCGGCUCCCCCGUCACUGUUGGAGCCGCUGCAGCCGCCUGCGGACGUGAGCCAGGACCCCAGGCACAUGGUGCUGGUGCGGGGCCUUGUGCUGCCUGUCGGGGGUGGCUCAGCCCCAGGCCCCCUGCAGCCGAAGCAGCAGGUGCCUCUGCCCGCUGCAGCUCCGUCAGGCGCCUCACUGUCAGCUGCUCCUCAGCAGCCUCUGCCGCCCGUGCCCCCACAGUACCAGGUCCCCGGGAACUUGAGUGCAGCCCAAGUAGCUGCCCAGAAUGCUGUGGAGGCUGCCAAGAACCAGAAGGCCGGGCUGGGCCCCCGAUUCUCUCCCAUCAACCCUCUCCAACAAGCUGCCUCAGGCGUGGGGCCCCCCUUCAGCCAGGCCACUGCACCUGCACUACCUCCAGGAGCUUCUGGGGCCCCCAAGGCACCUCCUGCUUCCCAGCCCAGCCUGGUAUCAACAGUGGCCCCUGGCUCGGGCCUGGCGCCCUCCUCGCAGCCUGGGGCCUCGGCCAUGGCAGCUGCAGUGGCCCCUGGUUCGAUCAGUGCCCCUCCCCCAGGCCAGCUGGGGGCUCCAGCCCUGGGUGGGCAGCAGUCGGUCUCCAACAAGCUCCUUGCCUGGAGUGGGGUCCUUGAGUGGCAGGAGAAACCCAAGCCUGCCUCAGUGGAUGCCAACACCAAGCUGACACGCUCCUUGCCCUGCCAGGUCUAUGUGAACCAUGGAGAGAACCUGAAGACGGAGCAGUGGCCUCAGAAGCUCAUCAUGCAGCUCAUCCCCCAGCAGCUACUGACCACGCUGGGCCCGCUGUUCCGGAAUUCGAGGAUGGUACAGUUCCACUUCACCAACAAGGACCUCGAGUCCCUCAAAGGCCUCUACCGCAUCAUGGGCAGUGGCUUCGCGGGCUGCGUGCACUUCCCCCACACGGCUCCGUGCGAGGUGCGCGUGCUCAUGCUGCUCUACUCGUCCAAGAAGAAGAUCUUCAUGGGCCUCAUCCCCUACGACCAGAGCGGCUUCGUCAACGGCAUCCGGCAGGUCAUCACCAACCACAAACUGGUGCAGCAGCAGAAGCUGGAGCAGCAGCGAGGGAUGGGGGGGCAGCAGGCGCCCCCAGGGCUGGGCCCCCUUCUGGAGGACCAGACACGGCCCUCGCAGAAUCUGCUCCAGCUCCGCCCGCCUCAGCCCCAGCCUCAGGGUACUGUGGGCACUACUGCUACAGCGGGGCAGCCACAGCCCCAGGGAGCUGCCCAGACCCCACCUGGAGCCACCCAGGGACCUCCUGGAGCAGCCCCAGGCCCAGGUCCAGCCCCUCCAGGCCCCAUCCUCCGACCCCAGAACCCUGGGGCCAACCCACAGCUGCGAAGCCUGCUCCUCAACCCGCCCCCGCCCCAGAGCGGGGUGCCCCCACCACAGGCCUCCCUCCACCACCUCCAACCACCAGGGGCUCCCGCGCUGCUGCCUCCACCACACCAGGGCCUGGGGCAGCCCCAGCUGGGGCCCCCACUGCUACACCCACCACCCACACAGUCCUGGCCUGCACAGCUUCCCCCGCGGGCCCCGCUGCCAGCGGCAAAACGAAAGAGAGAAGGAGAGGGCCGCGUGUUUCGAGAGAAAUGGGAGCGAGACUAUUUCUUUGUGGAGGUGAAGAGCCUGCCCACGUGUUUAAUCUGCAGAAAAAUCGUGUCCGUGCUCAAGGAGUACAACCUGAAGCGGCACUACGAGUCCAAGCACAGCAAGAGCUACGACCAGUACACGGAGCAGACGCGCGACGCUGUCCUCCGGGAGCUAAAGAAGGGGCUCGCCUGCCAGUAGGGCGCUCUGCAGCCAGCCCAUGCCCGCCCAGGGCUUUAUUUAUUCAAGGUGUGGACAGAGAGCUUCCACGAGCUCGGUGGCACCUGCAGGAGAUGACUUGAGGAAGACGUACUGUUUCCACAGACCAGCCAGAAUUCCGAAGCACAGUGCUCGUGGCCAUGGCUGUGGCCCUGGCGACCCGUCAGGCCCCCUUCAGCCGCAGGUGGCAGCAUUUGGUGAGGACACCGGGAACCCCCAGAUCCACUGAGACGUUGAAGGGACAGAUCCUGGGACUCCCUGGACACUGCUCCUGAGCUCUGCCCUGAGCCAGG